UCUCAGAACUGAAGGCCAUCCUGACAGAGGCCUGUCUGCUAAGUACACAGCACCAUGCCUAUGAUACUGGGUUAUUGGGACGUCCGUGGGCUUACUAACCCCAUCCGCCUGCUCCUGGAAUACACAGACUCAAACUAUGAGGAGAAGAGAUACACCAUGGGGGACGCUCCCAAUUACGACAAAAGCCAGUGGCUGGAUGAGAAAUUCAAGCUGGGCCUGGACUUUCCCAAUCUGCCCUACUUGAUUGACGGGCCUCACAGGAUCACCCAGAGCAACGCCAUCCUGCGCUACCUUGCCCGCAAGCACAACCUGUGUGGGGAGACAGAAGAGGAGAUGAUUCGUGUGGACAUUUUGGAGAACCAGGCUAUGGACACUCGUGUACAACUUGCCGUGAUCUGCUACAGCCCUGACUUUGAGAAAAAGAAGCCUGAGUUCUUGGAGACCCUGCCUGAGAAGAUGAAGCUCUACUCACAGUUCCUGGGGAAGCGGCCCUGGUUUGCAGGGGACAAGAUCACCUUUGUGGAUUUCAUCACUUAUGAUGUCCUGGACCAGCACCUUCUAUUUGAACCCAAGUGCCUGGAGGCAUUCCCAAACCUGAAGGACUUCAUGUCCCGCUUUGAGGGACUGAAGAAGAUAUCUACCUACAUGAAGUCCAGCCAAUUCCUUCGCAGUCCUCUGUAUUUAAAACUGGCCCAGUGGAGCAAUAAAUAGGACCCUGUCAUUUGAAGAGGUGGGAUCCAUCAAUGCAUCUGCUGGCCCUGAUGUUCCUGGCACCCCUAGCUUCAAUCUUCUUCCUUUUCCCUUCCGGCUCCCCUUUCCUCUGCAAGCCCUUUUCAGAACCCUUUCUUCUGCCCAACUUCUCCCCCAGUAAAUCCAUUGUAAGCUACAGCUCCCCCUUUUCUUUAGGAAAGCCCCUCUUCCCCUUCCUCAUUCCUGCCCUGAAUCCAACCAGACAGU